GCUGACUAGGGCAAAAAAAACCGUCUAUCAUGAUCUUGAUCAUACUGCGGGUAUUUGUUGACAUUGGCUAUCGCAUCUGGUUAUUCCUCCCGUGGAUUUUCUUGGUCGUACAUUUGAUACCUUAUCUCGUUGACCGGUAUCAUAUUCGGAGAAAUGGUAUAACAGGUCCAAGUCUUGCCAGAUUCUCAGACGCCUGGCUUGGAUGGGUCGUAGCUAACGGUCGCCAGUCCGAAGUCGUACACGAGAUGCACAAGAAGUUUGGUCCAGUUGUGCGUUUAGCACCUAAUCAUGUUUCUAUCAGCGAUCCGGGUGCCCUGCAUGUCAUCUAUGGUCAUGGAAGCGGACUAUUGAAAUCUGGAUACUAUGAACCUUUUACCGCCGUCCGUCCUAGCAUUUUCAGCACACGAUCAAGGGAAGUGCAUUCGAAGAAACGCAAAAUUAUCUCCCAUGUCUUCUCUCAGAAGAGUGUGUUAGAGUUCGAGCCUUUUGUCCACCUUCACCUUGCUGAACUAUUCGAACAUUGGGAUAAAAUGUGUGACGGAGGUAAGGAAGGUCUUUCCGGCACUGAGAGUGAAGGUGGCUGGAAGCGCCGUGGCGGACAAGCCUGGUUCGAUAUCAUGCCGUGGUUCAAUUAUCUGGCUUUCGAUAUCAUCGGUGAUCUCGCUUUCGGUUCUCCAUUUGGCAUGGUUCGCAACGCGAAAGACGCUGCCCCAAUUGCAGUAGACAGGAAAUCUGCUAUGGCUCAGUACGGGCCGGUAAUUACUGACAACCGAGGCCUGGAAAAGCCCGUUAUUGAUGUGAGGGAGGUACAUGCCAUAAGCGUGUUAGAAAAUCGCAUGAGGUUAUCUGCUCAGAUGGGCGUUCUUCCGGCAUGGUGGCGCCCGAUAGUACGACAAUUACCGCGAUUUGCACAAGGUGUUCAAAACUCAAAGGACCUUGUGGAUCUCGCCGUAGCAGCAGUUGCAAAGCGCAUGGCGUAUCCGACGCAGCGAGACGACAUCCUGAGCAAGCUUCAACAGAGUCGAGAUGAAUACGGAAGGCCCUUGACUCAAGAGGACUUAACAACAGAUGCGAUCACACAGCUGGUUGCCGGGUCGGAUACAAUUUCGAUCUCAUCAUGUGGGAUAGCGUACCACCUUGCUGCAAACCCGGAUGUUCAAAGCAAGCUCCAGAAAGAGAUCGACGACGCGCUCGGUGGAUUUGACGACCCGAUGGUGACAUACGCGCAGAUCAAGCACCUGCAAUACCUUGAAGCGGUCAUUAAUGAAGGUUUACGCGUCCAUCCAACGCCAGGCCUUGGACUACCUCGUGUUGUCCCAGAGGGUGGGCUUAAUGUUUGCGGGAAGUGGUUCCCAGAAGGGACGAUUCUCAGCGUUCCGACAUACACAAUUCAUCGUAAUACCGGAGUAUGGGGUGAGGACGCAAACGUGUUCCGCCCCGAGAGGUGGUUUGAGGGUGAUCAGGCUGCUAUGCAGAAGGUGUUCAAUGCGUUUUCAUUUGGCCCAAGAGCGUGCAUUGGACGUAAUUUGGCCAUGAUGGAGCUAUACAUCAUUAUUGCAUCCAUCUUUCAUCGAUACGAGCUUAUACUAGAGGAGCCAAACAAGCCACUCGAAAUUCACGAGGCGUUUAUGCGUAAACCAGUAGCCUGCCAUGUCGGUCUGAAACGCCGUGGUGCUUGA